AUGAUCUUCCGUACCUCCGUCAUUGCCUCUGCUGCCCUUGCCCUUGUCGCUACCAUGGUCGAGGCCCACUCUUGGGCCGACUGUGUCGACUGGCGCUUCAACGACCCUGCCAAGCCAGGCUGGCGCGCUAGCGAUGGCAAGUGCUUCGGCUGGGCCCGCCAGUACCCCGUCAACUCGGGUGUCCAGUUCGGUGGCCUCGACAGCUCCUCCCCCAGCAGACACUACCAGCAGAACCCCAAGGACUUUGUCCCCUGCUCCGACCACAACCACGGUAUCGAGCCCGGCGCAGACGAGACCCGCCAGAGCCCCAUCUCCAAGGCCUACGGAGGCCGUUUCGGCGCCAUGGCCGCCGCCACCGCCGGCCAAGAGAUUUGCGUCCGCUGGCCUGCCAAGAACCACGCCAAGAAGGACGAGCCCAACAACCGCGUUAUGAUCAACAUGCCCCAGACCAUCCUCACCAAGGACCCCAGCCAGUCUGGCUUCACUGCCGCCAACAUUGCAAAGUUGGACUACAAGAACUGCAACCAGAUCGCUGGCGAUACUGACCACACCCCCUGUGGAGGCUGCUUCAAAGUCCCCGCAGCUCUUGUUUCGGGUACCUAUGUCAUCCAGUGGCGCUGGAUGUUGAACAACGAUGAGUACUACACCUCGUGCUGGGAUCUCCAGGUCAAGGCCACUGGUGGUAGCGCGACUGCGACCCCCGUCGUUGCUGGCCUCGGUAACUCGACCACCGUCUUUGCUGAUCUCGCCGAGGACAACUAA